AUGAGCGGAACACAGAUCGCACAGAGCCUCUUGCAAGCCGCUCGCGUUGCUCCAGAAAUCUUCAAGCUGCGACCUGACUACCGCGUCCUCUUGCUAGUUGUGGAAGGCAUCCCUCCAGGCCCCAGCGACGCCGCCAGCGAAGCCCUCCUCCAAGAGGCCGAGAAGACGGCCAAGGAGCUUCUGGCUAAGCACCCCGUCACCGAGAUCCCUCACAUCGCCGCCUGGAGAGCCGCGUACAAGGGCUUCGGAGCCAAGCCGCAAAAGACUCGUAAUAGUCUGGAGGCUCUCACACGUCGUGUCGAAGCCGGCCUCCCCCGUGUCAACCGGUUGACCGACAUCUACAACGCCAUCUCUGUCAAGCAUCAGAUCCCACUGGGUGGAGAAGAUCUCGACAAGUAUGAUGGAUCACCAUUCUUGGUGCGGGCGACAGGCACAGAAGAGUUUCAAACCUUUUCUGGUGGAGAGCCUCAGUCAGAGCUGGCAUCACCCGGGGAGCCCAUCUGGCGCGACGAUACGGGCAUCACCUGCCGUCGCUGGAACUGGAGACAGGGCCCGAGAACUGCGCUGACUGACGACACUAAGCGAGUGUUGUUUAUCCUGGAUGCGCUGGAGCCUCUUUCGGAUGAGGCUCUGCAUCAGGCUGCCGAUGAGCUUGCUUCGGCGCUCAAGAGUUUGUCCCCUGAAGUGCAAACUGCGCAGCGACUGAUUUCGGCUCCUACCGAGUCAUGA